AUAUUCAAAAAGCUUUGAAUUAAAUGUCUGAUUUAAAAUUUUUAGCAAUAUUUUUAGAUUCAAAAUUUAAGAUUUAUGAAAAAUGCACAUGCUCGUAAUAAAAUGGUUAUGGACUUAGAUCACUGCUGUGAUCCCGCAUCUAGUUCAUCAAGUUCAACCAAAAUAUUCUGCAAUACAAAUAAUAUUUGUAGCUCUUGCCGAUGUCAUCGCUGUUGUAGGAGUUCAUUUUUGAAUGAUCAUACCUAUUCUUUGCUGAAAAGGAUCUGCCAUAAGAUAAUAAAAAGCCAUAGCCGUCAACAGUGUCGGGAAAGUUAUUCAGUCUUCGAAGGAGGUAAUAGUACCAAUCUACGAACGCCUAUCGAUCAGCGAGGUUCGUUGAAGGAUUUUGGCUGGCAGAAGAGACGUAGCGAGGAAUACAAUAAAAGAGGACAAACUGUUGAAGGUAAAUUAAAACCCAUAAUCGAUUUGGGCCCCUUAAAGAAGUCACUUAAAGAUAAGGGUAGUAAUGACGAGGAAAUUAGGGCUUCGAAGAGAUUAAAGAAAGGAUCAAACGGAAAAAAUCAGCUAUCCGCUGAAGGAAAAAGUGAAGAUCGAAACAAAAAUAGUGCCAAGCCCAGCCAAGAUGCAGAUGCAAGUGUUUUAUCCAAAAAGUCACGAAAAGACAAAGGCCGGGGUGGAAAAGGAGACGAUAAGGAAAAUGGCAAUACAGAAAAAGAUGCCUCCAAAAGAUCUGUCAAAGGUAAGGCUCUAGAAGAUACAGAUGGCGAACACAAUAAGGAUCGCAAAGAUAAAAAAGAUACAGAUGUAGCUGCAUCUAGAAAGUCGCGAAAAAAUAAGCGCCGAGGCGAUAAAGACGACGAUAAGGAAAGUGGUAACACAGAUGGAGAAGAAUCCAAAAAAUCUCGGAAAGGAAAAAAUGAAAAAGAAAUAGAUGGCGACCGCAACAAAGAAGCGGGUAAAAAUGUAUCUAGGAAAUCCGAUAAAGACAACAGGCGAGGGAAUAAAGAUAACGAUGACAAUGGUAACAGUAAAAAAGAUAAAACUGAAUCGGGAAAAUCUAUGAAAGAUAAAAACCGAAGUGGAAAAGAACUGGAACUGGAAAAAGGUGCUAACGAUCGGAGCGAAUCUAAAAAUCCUAUUAAAGGUUCAGGAAAUUCAAAAAAGCGAAAAUCUCAUAUUGACGACGAUGAUAAUAAUCGAUCUCCGAGCAAUUCAAAGAAAGACCAAGUUGAUGGAUCGGGAAAGUCUAUGAAAGAUAAAAACCGAAGUGGAAAAGAACUGGAACUGGAAAAAGGUGCUAACGUUCGGAGCGAAUCUAAAAAUCCUAUUAAAGGUUCAGGAAAUUCAAAAAAGCGAAAAUCUCUUAUUGACGACGAUGAUAAUAAUCGAUCUCAGAGCAAUUCAAAGAAAGACCAAGUUGAUGGAUCGGGAAAGUCUAUGAAAGAUAAAAACCGAAGUGGAAAAGAACUGGAACUGGAAAAAGGCGCUAACAAUCGGAAUAAUCAAUCUCCGAGCAAGAAAGACCAAGGUGGUGGAUUUUCGAAAUCUAAAAAAGGCACUACUGGGGAAAUCGGAGAUAAGUCUAUCGAUGACGAUGGUAGAGUUGACAUAGGCGGUUCUAAAAAAAAAUAUGGUGAUAAUGCAAGAAAUACAAUUAGUGUCGAAGAUAAAAGUAAAUCACAUGGAAAGUCAUUAAAUAAAAAGAAGGGUGACAUCAAUAUAAAUAAAAAGAAGAACCAGCGCCCUUCCAGUCAAAGUGCCUCUAAAUUAAAGGUUGAAAGUAAAUCCGGUGUACGGUAUGGUAUCAAAGGGUCGAAAAACAUUCAGGUUGACAGUCCUACAAGUAGAUCUGAGUUAAACAGGCAGAGAUUCCUCAGGCCUAGUCGCUGCGAUGAAGUUCGGCCGUGUGAUAUCCUGCGUACCCAUUUGGAGCAACGAGAUCUUUCAAGAGGCUUUCAUAGCUGUCCACGAACCAACAACUGUAGGAUGUGCAGACCAUGUUGUCUCAAUGGUGUGACUGGCAUAUCUUGUUGCUGACUUUUGAGAACGUAAUACGUUGAUGCAUACUUUAAAAUUAUUAUGAGGAUAAAAAUUAUUUAAUUACCAUAAAGAAGAAUUUAAUACGUAUAUAUACGUAUAA